ACCUCAGGAUGCGGCUGGUUCCCCAUUAUCACCGCUGGUAUUCGUCCUCGUCCCUGUGACGGUCUGGAGCGUAACCUUUCCACGAGGACUCGGCCCCGGGAUGGCGUUGAAAUCAUCAUACGGCAUGCCGAACUCAAUUAACCCCGGAAAGAAAUACUUCUUCCUGCUCAUUCUUGUCCUUCAAAAUUCCGCCCUCAUACUGACGUUGCACUACACUAGAGUCACUCCCGUUGCUGGGAAGGGUCGCUACCUCACUUCAACCGCCAUCCUCCUCGCCGAGGCGAUCAAACUCGUCGUCAGCCUGGCAUUCUCACUGUACGACAGAUCGCGUGCUUAUCCUUCUACCUCCCUCCUCGGGCACCUCAAGCCGCUAUGCAAAUCAGUGUUCGCCGGCGACAGCUGGAAGCUCACCAUCCCUGCGCUCCUCUACACCCUGCAGAGCUCCCUUCUCUACACGGCCAUCAGCAACCUCGACGUUGUGACUUUCCAGAUUAAUUAUCAGCUGAAGAUCCUCACCACCGCCCUCUUUAGCGUCAAGUUCUUGGGCAGGCAGCUCUCGUCUACCCGCUGGCUGGCCUUAGUUCUUCUCGCAUUUGGGAUUGCCAUUGUACAGAUUCCCGAACCCCGGCAGAUCUUGAGAUUCCUCCAUUUAGCUUCUGAUGCCCCGAGAGUAUUCGAGCGGGUGGAGGGCUCACAAGAUGGAGUCGCUGAGAGGCCACUCAUGAAUGCCUCCAAAGGAUUCGCUGCCGUGGUAGCUGCAUCGGUACUCUCAGGUUUGACGGGGGUCUACUUCGAAAAGGUUGUCAAGGACUCCGCAAACUCGGUAUCGAUAUGGACUCGAAAUGUGCAGUUGUCAUUCUAUUCCCUAUUCCCGGCACUUUUUCUUGGCGUCCUCUACCGCGACGGCCACGAGAUCCGCGAGAACGGUUUCUUCGUUGGAUAUAGCGGAUUGGUCUGGAUGACGAUCAUCCUUCAGGUGCUGGGCGGGAUCACGGUAGCUGUGUGUGUCGCGCAUAUGGAUAAUAUCAUCAAGAAUUUUGCUGUGAGCAUCAGUAUUGUCUUCAGCUUCUUGAUCGAGGUCUGCUUUUUCAAAACAUCCAUCACCGUCAAUUUUGUAUUCGGUGCAGCAGCGGUUAUACUGGCAAUAUACCUGUAUAGUAGACGAGCCCCGUUAUUGACAUAAUGAGAUACGAAUUUAACGAUGGC